CGUUUGUCGAAGCUGUCAAAACCUGGGAAGCUCCCUCUUCCAUCUCAUUUAUUUUCCCGCGUUUGUAAGGAAAACGUGCCAACGGCUUCACGCCAAUCAGUAUUGUGUAAUAUUUCGAUUAAAGUAAAUUAACGAUGUCUGGACGUGGAAAAGGUGGAAAGGGCAAAGCGAAAGCAAAAUCGCGCUCCAACAGAGCUGGCCUGCAGUUCCCUGUUGGCAGAAUCCAUCGCCUAUUAAGAAAGGGCAACUAUGCCGAACGCGUCGGUGCUGGGGCCCCCGUAUACCUGGCCGCCGUCAUGGAAUACCUCGCCGCCGAAGUGCUGGAGCUGGCGGGCAACGCCGCUAGAGACAAUAAGAAAACCAGAAUCAUCCCCCGUCAUCUGCAAUUGGCCAUAAGAAACGACGAGGAACUGAACAAGUUGCUGUCUGGGGUCACCAUAGCCCAGGGAGGUGUCUUACCCAACAUCCAGGCAGUACUUUUACCCAAGAAGACGGGAACUUCAAGUUCAGCAGGAAAAGGGGGCAAGUCCCAAUCACAAGACUAUUAAUUAGGUAGUAUUAUAAGUGUCCCAUGCUUUUGAUUCCAGUUUGUUUAAUUAGAUGUAGUUCGUUCUGUUUGUUCUGUAUUACUCUGUAGUUUUGACAUUAUUAUUAUUAAACUGAACUGUAUUUUAUA